CCGAUCUUGUUCCAGGCCAUCCCUGCGUCUUCCAAAGAGGCUCGGAACUUGACCCCAUCUCUUCACAUCCGGAUCCGGGCUCCUCCCCCAGGACCGCCCAUCCGGCUUUCUCUCGGAAUAUUUGGAAUCUGAACCUUUCUAAUUCUGACCCCUAAUAACUCACUGAGACCCUAAAACCAUGGGCUGAUGCCUGCUCCUUUGCCAGCGAUCCCUGCCACCUUUCCCUACGCCUGGCUUCUCCAGUGACCCCCUCCCCUUGCCCUAAAUCUGCACAUCCCCCGCCUGGGAAAAGAUGGCCCCACAACCCCAAAGGGGCCUGGUCCCUUCUCUGCUCUGGGGCCUGAGCCUGUUUCUGAUCCUCCCGGGAUCUGUCUGGCUCCAGCCCUCUCCUUCUCCCCAAGAUGAGCCCCAUCCAUGUCAUACCUGCCGAGAACUGGUGGACAGCUUCAACAAGGGCCUAGAGAGAACCACCCGGGACAACUUUGGUGGUGGAAACACUGCCUGGGAGGAAGAGAAGUUGUCCAAAUACAAAGACAGCGAAACCCGCCUGGUGGAGGUGCUGGAGGACGUGUGCAUCAAGUCAGACUUCCAGUGCCAUCGCCUGCUGGAGCUCAGCGAGGAGCUGGUGGAAAUCUGGUGGUUUCACAAGCAGCAAGAAGCUCCAGACCUCUUCCAGUGGCUCUGCUCGGAUUCCCUGAAGCUCUGCUGCCCCUCUGGCACUUUUGGGCCCUUCUGCCAGCCAUGCCCUGGGGGCACAGAGAGGCCCUGCGGUGGCUACGGGCAAUGUGACGGGGAAGGGACUCGAGGGGGCAGCGGGUACUGUGACUGUCAAGUCGGCUAUGGGGGCGAGGCCUGCGGCCAGUGUGGCCUUGGCUACUUUGAGGCGAAGCGCAACAGCAGCCAUCUGGUUUGUUCAGCAUGUUUUGGUCCCUGUGCCCGCUGCACAGGACCUGAGGAAUCCCAAUGUCUGCAGUGCAAGAAAGGCUGGGCCCUGCAUCAUCUCAAGUGUGUAGACAUCGACGAGUGUGGCACAGAGGAAGCCACCUGUGGAGCCGACCAGUUCUGCGUGAACACAGAAGGCGCCUAUGAGUGUCGAGAUUGUUCAAAGGCCUGCCUGGGUUGUAUGGGAGCAGGGCCAGGGCGCUGCAAAAAAUGCAGCCGUGGCUACCAGCAGGUGGGCUCCAAGUGCCUAGAUGUGGAUGAGUGUGAAACGGUGGUAUGUCCAGGAGAGAAUGAGCAGUGUGAGAACACGGACGGCAGCUACCGCUGUGUCUGUACUGAGGGCUACAGGCAGGAGGAAGGUGUCUGCGUGAAGGAGCAGAUCCCAGAGCCGGCUGGCUUCUUCGCGGAGAUGACAGAGGACGAGCUGGUGGUCCUGCAGCAGAUGUUCUUUGGUAUCAUCAUCUGUGCUCUGGCCACGCUCGCUGCUAAGGGUGACCUGGUGUUCACUGCCAUCUUCAUUGGAGCCGUGGCAGCCAUGACCGGGUACUGGCUGUCAGAGCGAAGUGACCGUGUGCUGGAGGGCUUCAUCAAGGGCAGAUAAUCUCUCCUCCCACCCAGCAUACCCUCAGAGGUCAUAGCUCUCUCCUGCUGGACACCUGGGACAGUAUGGUUUCUCUUUGAGAUGGGGUAAACAUCUUUACCUGCCUUACUGAGCAGCCCAGGACCCCAAUAGCCCUGGUGGUUAAAAAGAAGCCCCGAAGCUGAUGCCAUGAGAACCUUGCCUAGGAGCCUGACAGGCAUUACAGUGUGUGAAUUUCAAAAGACAGUUUCUCUUUAGGGAGGUUGUAGGCUCUGGCCCCCGCCCAGGAUGAGAGGUGUCCCCUCAGGAGUGGAGCCACCGUAGCCCUCCCAGAUGCAUGCUGCCAGCUCCUCUUGUGAUUCACCUCCCAUAGCCCAGCCAUUGACUUAUUUAUUCAUCUCAGGAAAUAAAGGAAAGGUUUUGAAAACUGGAAAA